AUGUUCAUUUGUAAUGCUGCCUUAAGGGAUAAGGAGAUGAGAGCAAAUUGUUCCAGCAGCUCAGCCUGCCCUGCCAACAGUUCAGAGGAGGAGUUGCCAGUGGGGCUGGAGGUCUAUGGGAACCUGGAACUUGUUUUCACCGUGGUGUCAGCCGUGAUGAUCGGCCUGCUCAUGUUCUCCUUGGGAUGCUCUGUGGAGAUCUGGAGGCUCUGGUCGCACAUCAGGAGACCCUGGGGCAUUGCUGUGGGACUGCUCUGCCAGUUUGGGCUCAUGCCUCUUACUGCCUAUCUCCUGGUCAUCAGCUUCUCUCUGAAGCCAGUCCAAGCUAUGGCUAUCCUCAUCAUGGGGUGCUGCCCAGGGGGAACCAUCUCGAACAUUUUCACCUACUGGGUUGAUGGAGAUAUGGAUCUCAGCAUCAGUAUGACAACUUGUUCCACAGUGGUUGCCCUGGGAAUGAUGCCACUCUGCCUUUAUCUCUACACCUUGUCCUGGAAUCUUGAGCAGAAUCUCACCAUUCCAUAUCAGAACAUAGGAAUUACCCUUGUGUGCCUGACCAUUCCUGUGGCCUUUGGUGUCUAUGUGAAUUAUAGGUGGCCAAAACAAUCCAAAAUUAUUCUUAAGGUUGGAGCCAUUGUUGGUGGGGUCCUCCUUUUGGUGGUUGCAGUUGCUGGUGUGGUGCUGGCGAAAGGAUCUUGGAAUUCAGACAUCAUUCUUCUGACCAUCAGCUUCAUCUUUCCUUUGAUUGGCCAUGUCACAGGCUUUCUCUUGGCACUUCUUACCCACCAAUCUUGGCAGAGGUGCAGGACGAUUUCCUUAGAAACUGGAGCUCAGAAUAUUCACAUGUGCAUCACCAUGCUGCACUUAUCUUUCACUGCCGAGCAAUUAGUCCAGAUGCUUAUCUUCCCAUUGGCCUAUGGACUCUUCCAGCUGUUGGAUGGGUUUCUCAUUGUUGCAGCAUAUAAGAUGUACAAGAGGACACUGAAGAUCAAACACAGGAUAAAGAACCCUGCUUUAAGGGUAGAAGCCCGCUUUAAGAAGAAAUCCACUUCUCCCAAAGAGACCAGUGCUUUCUUGGAGGUGAAUGAAGAAGCUGCUCUAACUCCUGGGCCAUCAGGGCCCAUGGAUCUCCACAGGGCUCUCAUGCCAACUGGCCAGAUCUUAUGUGCCAAGCAGGGGUUUGCUGGCUUGACUGGUCCCUGUCUUCCGCAGUGGCCAGUAAAGAUAGUGCAGAGUUGA